AUGGCUGACAACGGCGUGAAAGUCGUCUUACUCAAGACCGAUGGAAAUGCAGUGGAGACAUGGGCCGACAUAGAAGAUACGGAAUGGAUCUCAAAAGUGUUGGGAGGGCCUGUUGUGUUGCUGGCCAAGUAUGGAGCAAUGAGGGUCGACGUGUGGGGUCUGGACCAUGAUAAGAUGGACACUUCAACUUUGGACCCGAACAAUCAUGAACUGCCUCCGCCCGAUGCUGGGACAGUGUCAGAUAUCCUCGGCGAUAUCGUUUUGGCUCGGGAGGAUGCAGAAGAUUUACACAUGGAAGAUUGGAAUGCUUUCGUUGUAGACGCGGCUGCCUUUCAAGCUGGAGUUGUAGACGACGAGGAGGGAGAAGAGGAGGAGGGAGAUGAAGGGGAAGGGGAAGAAGUUGAGGGAGAAGAGGAAGAGGGAGAAGAGGAAGUCUUCGACGCCGGUGCAAUUGACGAUAUUGAGGCUGCCGGUAUCGAUCAAGGCAAUAUGAUUGCAGGAAUCAUAGAAAACUUUGAAGGGGGAGAUGAGGAGGAGGAGGAGGAGGAGGAGGAGGAGGAAGAGGAGGAGGAGGGGGUGGAUGUGGGAGUUGAAGGAGGAGAUUUUAUCGAUGAUGGAAGUGGAAUGGGCCAGUUUCCAUUCGGCAUCGGAGGGGAAGAGUUCGGAGACGGAGAGUAUGGGGAGGAUUCGAUUCCAGCCCCCAAAAGAAGCACAGAACCCGAUAAAGAUGGAAUUUUCCCAUCCUCGACAGGGUCGGGUCGAAUCUACCUGGAAGUUGGGUAG